AUGGAUACGUAUCAGCAAAUGAACAAUGGUUACGCGUACGGAGUUCCCGUGACUGCUCAGCAGAACACCAACGUAAUGGUGGUAAGUGACGUAUUCUGCUGUCCUUACCCGCUUGAGCUUACCGUCAAGAAGAAAUGCAAAGGACUGAGCGGUGCGAAGCUGGAGGUCGUGGACAUAAAGUCUAACGUUGUUCUUCGUAUUGACGGUCCUCACGACAGCUUCAACAAGAAACGCAUUCUCCGUGACCCAUCCGGUUACCCUCUUCUCACCAUGCGCGAGAAGUUGACGUCGUUAAAUCACCGGUGGACGGUUCACCGAGGAGAAGGCUCUGAUCCAAUGGAGCUGAUGUUCACAGUGCAGCGUUCUCAUCCUCUUCAAUGGAGGGCACGCCUCGAUGUCUUCUUUCAAUCUAACCAAGUCAACAACUUCAGCGUCGUAGGCACUUACUUCGACGACUCCGCUAAAGUUUAUCACGCCAACACUCUCGUUGCCGAGGUGAAAGAGAAGUCGACGUUUGGAGGAUAUUUUAAAGGGAAGCAAGACUUCGUGGUUAGAAUUAAUGCAGGCGUCGACUACGCUUUCGUCGUUUCUCUUCUCGUCAUCUUGAACGAGACCAACUCCAUCUUUUAGCUCAAAUCCACUUUUAUUUUGAUUGUUAUAUAUACUAUGGUGAUGCUUAGAUACUGCAUGAUUGUGUUUAAUAUUU